UACCUGGAAAAACGGAAAAUUAUCUGGAAUUUUUGAAUUUAUCCCAGAACAUCGCUCGCCAGUUUUCACCACAUCGGGCGAUUUCAAAAUUUUUCAUUUGAUGACGCCGAAAUUGCGCGUCGCAGAAGUCUAAUUACAUCGCAACUCUCAACGCUGACUCAUUCGGCAAUGGAGUCUUCACAAUUCCAGCAGCAGUACUGCCUCCGGUGGAACAAUCACAGUACACAUCUCCAAUCGACAUUUCACGAGCUUCUCCAGAAGCAGGCAUUCACCGAUGUUCUCCUGGUUGUGGAGGAUGAGUCUGGUCCGACAUCCAUCAAGUGUCACAGGGUAGUGCUUGCUGUGUGCUCGACAUUCUUCCAGAAGUUGUUUACCCAGGCACCCUCUCACGAGCAGUACCUGAUGCUUCUGCUACCAGGUGUUAAAUUCUGGGAGAUUGAGGCAAUCCUCGAGUACAUGUACCAGGGUGAAAUUUGUGUUCUCCAGGAGAGACUCAAUGAUUUGCUCAAGGUGGCAAAACUGCUGAAGGUCAAGGGUCUGAUUAACGACGAGCCCCAGGAUACUCAUGAAUCACCCUCACCAUCGCCCACCAUCAGCAGCACCGAUUACAACAUUCCAAAUGGUAGAGACCUGAAGACACCACGUUCACCUGCACAUUCCACGUCUGCUCCGUAUCAGCAGUACGCGUCAUCACCGCGUAGUGGAGCUCCAUACAUCCCCUCAGAAAGCGUUAACCACUUGACCAAUCUCUCCCUGGCAGCUGAAUCGGUCCUCAGUCCUCUUCUGGGUCGAAAAUCAUCAACACUGAAUCCACCUUAUAUUCCCAGCCAUUCAGAGACCGGACACAGUCGGCACUCAGAGAUCCUGAGGAAUGUCUUGGGCCAGGGGCACCCAGACAGCUCAAAAAUCCCCAUUCCCGUCGAUGACAGUCUUGAUCUACCAACUGAGUUCAACGGACACAGCGCCUUCACUGCCGACGUCUCAAGUAAAAAGGGAACGAAGAGAAGAUCAUCUCAGGAGCAUCAACAACGCAAGAGCAGUGGAAAAAAUUACAAGCUGUACUCAAAAGAGCAGAUGGCACAAGCCAUAAAACAAGUGGAAAAUGGUGAAUGCGCCCUGGCAGUGGCGACAGCCUUGGGAAUUCCCUCUCGUACUCUCUACGACAAGGUGAAGAAGAUGGGCAUCAGAACCCAAAGAAAUAUCAAGCGACAUCGUAGCAGUAGCAGCGGUGCUUUCCCUCAUGGAAUUGGUGGCAAUCGUAAUGGAGAUAUUUACAGAAGUAUGUCGGAUCACGAUGACGCCUCGAUGGCUCUUCUGGACAUGGCCCAGGGUCAAGGUCCACAGCUGUCUGAGAAAUUCGGAGCCAGCCUGGAGAACAUAAAGGGAAGUCCCAGCCCAAUGGCUCAAGAGGAUACUCAUCAGCCAUCUGAAAAUUCUGAUGCUAGUCCAGUGAAUCUUGAACGCUGUUCUACACCUCAUGAUGACAGUCAAGAGGCGAUUCAGGAUGAUGUCCAGGAUCUCUCGGUUCAGCGGACAAAUGUCAUUGUAUCACCUGGUAAUCAGCAUAGUAAGGAGGAAAUGGGUGAAUCACUCCAGAGUUGAGGGCUACACUGAUGCAGGAUUAUGCUCUGAUGAGAUUCGAUAGUCCGAACUAGUGUAAUUACUUCACCUGCUGAGUACCACAUCAAGGAGAAGUAUAACUCACCCCCAGAACUGAUUACGUGAGUGAUUGACGAACUUUCAUGAGACUGAGAGGGACUUUAUCUUUUCUUUGAGCGAUGAAUGGACUGAAAAUUAUAUAGUGUUCAAACUGAGAUUGAUAAAUCUCUGAUUAAAUUUUAAUACUGAUAUCUGGGCAAUUACUGGUAUGCCUUAUCAGAUAAUUGUCAUAUUUGAAUUAUUCAGAUUUUUAUUCAGUUUCAAUUAUUUAUUUUUUACGUUUUCAUUAUAAGACUUCUCUAGCAUGCGCAUCGAAAACGCUGAAGACAAUAGCCACAUCGGUUUUCAUGGUUAUUGAGUAGUGGAAUUGUUCAUAUUAUGUAAUGUAGGUUUUUGUGGUAGAGAUGUAGAAAUUCAUUUGAUGGAAUCUAUUAUAAAGCCUAAAAAUCUAUUGUGAUGUAAAUAUAGGAAUCGAAGAAUUGGAAAAUGUGUGCAGUGGCUCUUCGGUGGCCAUUAUUCAAGUUUUUCACAAAUUUCUGAGAGACCAUGACAAUCUGAUCCACGGCUUCCCAGGAAUUCGCGAAAACAAAUUGGAAGAACUCUCCCAUCACAAGCGAUAGCAUAAUUUAGAAAGAGAUGUUACAAGGAGGAAUUAUCAUGUUUGCUAUAUAAAAAUUUUAAGAUUAAAAAUUAAAUCGUAAUGAGAUGACAAGUAAAAAAAAUUGAAUGUGGCCUUGGGAUACUGUGGCAAUAUGUUGCUCAAUACGCAAUUUCUGGUAAAUAUUAAUGUUCAAUCGGUCAUGGGAUAUAUAAGACUGAUGAUAUAUUUAAAUAAUCAUUUGGACGUCAUUGUAUUCCGUAAACAGUUACCACCGAGACUAUUAAUUAUAAAUAUGAAGUUACCGUCGAUCUAUGAGAAUAUUUCAUUGUAAUUCUUUUCUUUUGGGAUAUGCGAACCUAGAGAUUCAGUUUCAUCUACUCUAGAGUCUCAUGUCUUCGAAGAUGAUUUGGUAACAAACCAUGGAAUCCUGGCAAGUACAUAUUACGUACUAACGUUAUCCCUAAUGUACCCGUCGUACUCGUCGGUUGAAAAAUUAUCAAUGCAUAUUCUAAGCUCGUUAUUCAGGCUAAUUUAUUAGCGUUCAAUCUCUCAUUAAUCCAUUUUAGCGAGAACGAAGCAAUGAUUUCAUCAUGGAUCGAUUAUUUUAGGAUCAUUUGUAAUUAAUAUAUAUUUAAGGUUUUAUCCGAGACUAAGUACAAAGGAAGUGCCUCGAUGCUAUACUCCAGAUUCUACCUCAAUAUUAUUCUUAUAAUCAUAAUUGUACAAGUAAUUAGUUAAUUUUAUUCCGAUUUCGCAUUUAGAUUGUAGU